AUGAGGAUUCGAACCUGCGUCCGCGAGCAGGUGACAGGGAGGAACCUGGUGACAGACAGGAACCUGGUGACAGGCAGGAACCUGGUGACAGGGAGGAACCAGGUGACAGGGAGGAACCAGGUGACAGGGAGGGACCUGGUGACAGACAGGAACCUGGUGACAGGGAGGGACCUGGUGACAGGGAGGAACCUGGUGACAGGCAGGAACCUGGUGACAGGCAGGAACCUGGUGACAGACAGGAACCUGGUGACAGGCAGGAAACUGGUGACAGACAGGAACCUGGUGACAGGGAGGGACCUGGUGACAGGCAGGAACCUGGUGACAGGGAGGGACCUGGUGACAGAUAGGAAGCUGGUGACAGACAGGAACCUGGUGACAGACAGGAACCUGGUGACAGAUAGGAAGCUGGUGACAGACAGGAACCUGGUGACAGACAGGAACCUGGUGACAUAUAGGAAGCUGGUGACAGACAGGAACCUGGUGACAGAUAGGAAGCUGGUGACAGACAGGAACCUGGUGACAGACAGGAACCUGGUGACAGACAGGAACCUGGUGACAGACAGGAACCUGGUGACAGACAGGAACCUGGUGACAGACAGGAACCUGGUGACAGACAGGAACCUGGUGACAGGCAGGAAACUGGUGACAGACAGGAACCUGGUGACAGGGAGGGACCUGGUGACAGACAGGAACCUGGUGACAGACAGGAACCUGGUGACAGACAGGAACCUGGUGACAGGCAGGAACCUGGUGACAGACAGGAACCUGGUGACAGACAGGAACCUGGUGACAGACAGGAACCUGGUGACAGACAGGAACCUGGUGACAGACAGGAACCUGGUGACAGACAGGAACCUGGUGACAGACAGGAACCUGGUGACAGAUAGGAAGCUGGUGACAGACAGGAACCUGGUGACAGACAGGAACCUGGUGACAUAUAGGAAGCUGGUGACAGACAGGAACCUGGUGACAGAUAGGAAGCUGGUGACAGACAGGAACCUGGUGACAGACAGGAACCUGGUGACAGGGAGGAACCUGGUGACAGAUAGGAACCUGGUGACAGGCAGGAAUCUGGUGACAGACAGGAACCUGGUGACAGACAGGAACCUGGUGACAGAUAGGAAGCUGGUGACAGACAGGAACCUGGUGACAGACAGGAACCUGGUGACAGAUAGGAACCUGGUGACAGACAGGAACCUGGUGACAGAUAGGAACCUGGUGACAGGCAGGAACCUGGUGACAGACAGGAACCUGGUGACAGACAGGAACCUGGUGACAGACAGGAACCUGGUGACAGACAGGAACCUGGUGACAGACAGGAACCUGGUGACAGACAGGAACCUGGUGACAGACAGGAACCUGGUGACAGACAGGAACCUGGUGACAGACAGGAACCUGGUGACAGACAGGAACCUGGUGACAGACAGGAACCUGGUGACAGACAGGAACCUGGUGACAGACAGGAACCUGGUGACAGACAGGAAGCUGGUGACAGACAGGAACCUGGUGACAGACAGGAACCUGGUGACAGACAGGAACCUGGUGACAGACAGGAACCUGGUGACAGACAGGAACCUGGUGACAGACAGGAACUUGGUGACAGACAGGAACUUGGUGACAGACAGGAACCUGGUGACAGACAGGAACCUGGUGAAACGAAAAUCAAGUAAAUGGGAUAAACUUAAACAAGAAAAUGGGAAGUUUGAGAUAGACACUCGUGACUGGAGUAGACAGAUCCACUGGAGCUCUGAGAGAGACUCGAACCCCCGCAACCAGGACCAUGCCGGCCGCAAAUGGCUACAGUAG